GCAUAUUUCUCCUCUAUCCAUCCCCACGAACCCAACAUUUCAUGACUUUUAUGACCAUAUCCAUAUUGAUGAAAAAUGGUUUGAAAUCACAAAAAGAAACACAACUUUCUAUGCUCUCCCUGAUGAGAUAGACCCAUCCAGAACCAUUCAAAGCAAAAGUCAUAUACCCAAAAUAAUGUUCCUAGCUACUGUUGGUAGGCCAAGGUAUGGGGAGCAUGGGGAAGUUUUGUGGGAUGGGAAAAUAGGAAUAUUCCCAUUCACUUAUGAAGCUGCUGCUCAAAGGUCAAGUAAAAAUAGGCCAGCAGGGACAAUGGAGGUCAAGGCAAUCCCAAUAAUAAAUAGGGAUGUUAUGAAAGAGAUGUUACUCAACCAAGCUGCUCCUAGGUCUUUGGCAGACUUGGUUCUUGCUGUUACUAUAGCUUUUGAAGAGCUCUCACAUGACACACUUAAUAGAGUAUUCUUAACCCUUCAAGGUGUGAUGGGUGAGGUUCUUCAAAACAAAGGGGGGAACCAGUUCAAAAUCCCUCACAUGAACAAAACAAAGAUGGCCAGAGAAGGAACACUUCCACAGAAUUUAGGGGUCAGCCCAGAAGUGUAUCACACUGCACAAGUGUACUUACAGGGGCAUGUCGAAGUGCCUUUGCCUCAUCUCCAUAUGGCUAUUCGAAAACAGUUUCUGUAUCAGACAUCGCCAGGAUCUGUUCUGAGCUUUCUCAAUAAUUCAUCCAUGGCGGCGUCCUCAUCAGAGGCACCCCCACCCCCUGAUGAACAACAACAACAACCACCCUCUCAAAGCCCCCUCCCUUACAAGACAUGGGUUUUAAAAGUUCCAAUCCAUUGUCAAGCAUGCAAAAGAAAAGUCAAGAAGGUCUUACACACCGUUGAUGGAGUUUACAUAACCGAGAUUGACGAAAGGGAGCACAAGGUGACAGUAACCGGCAACGUAGAAGCUGACGCCUUGAUUAAGAAGCUUCUUCGCUCCGGAAAAACCGCCGACCUUUGGCCGCCGCCGGAGAAUGACAAGAAAUCUAAAAAUCGGAAGAACGGCGACGAAGAAGAGGAGGAGGAGGACGACGGCAGUGAAGAAGACAAGGAGGGAGAGAAGCAGCCCCCAGCUGCCACCCACCAGAAGGCGGCCGCCGCCGGCGGUGCGACGGCGGUCAGAUUCGACCUCCCUCCGCACCCUGCCCCAUCCGGAGACGUUCCAGAUAAAAAGAAGAAGAAAAACAAAAAGAAAAAGAAGAAGAAUAAGAAGCAUGACGACGCGGCGGGGGCAGCGGCGGCGCCACCUUGUGACGGCGGAGCACCGGCGAACACGGGAAACGAAGCGUGGAUGGUGGGCCCACCGUACUAUCCCCACAUGUACCCUCCCCCAAGUUACUAUCUCCCUCCUCCUCAUCAUCAUCAUCCCCUUCCUCCUCCGCAACAACAAACUGCUUACGUGGUGAGUUAUAAUAAUAAUAAUGCGGCGACGCACCCCGGCGGCGGAACAGCGGCGGCGCACUACUUGGCACCGCCGACGUACUACACGCGAGCGGAGGUCCGGGCGAUGAGAUGCCGGCCGUUGGAUUCGUUUGAGGUUUUGAGCGACGAGAAUCCUAACGCCUGCUCUAUUAUCUGAUCAUAUUAAUUACUCCGUAGUAAAUUCUUUUGUGUGUGUAACUAUUAUUUCUGUAUGGAGUAUAUAUUUCCACUACUUACUUUUUACCGAAAUCGCUUGACCAAGUUUUCCCCCCCUUCUUUCCAUGACUUUGAUCUAGUCAAACUGUAUAAUUUUCAGUUUUUCACAACAAAAUUUUACCGAGUGCUGAAACUCAUUUGAGAGAUUUAUUUACAAAUUUUGAAAUGAAUAACUAAAUUUUAA